AUGGACUGUGUUGUAAUAUCUGAUGAAGAAAAUGAGAACAAGAAUUCUACUAAUCCAAUUAAACAAUUAGAACAAAUUAACAAUCCAACCUUUACGAAUGAUAAUUAUGAAUUAAUUGCUGUUGAAUCAGAAAUAACUGAAAUCGAUCAACAAAUCAAUCGACUUCGUCAACAACGUUCUAACUUAAUUAAACGACAACAACAAUUAAAAGAAGCAAUUAAACGAAAUCAAAACAUAACAAUAAAUAAUUUCAAUGAACAAUGGCAACGAACAGAUUUUUCUUGGAGUUCAAAAGUUAACGAAAUGCGUACAGAAAUAUUUCAAAUAAAUUCAUUUCGACCAUGGCAACUUGAAACUAUCAAUGUUACACUUUCAAAUCAUGAUUGUAUAUUAAUUAUGCCAACAGGUGGUGGCAAAUCAUUAUGUUUUCAAUUACCAGCUGUAAUUUCUGAUGGAAUAACAAUUGUUGUUUCACCAUUAAUAUCUUUAGUUGAUGAUCAAAUUUAUGCUCUUCGAAAUUUAAAUAUUGAUGCUCGUGCACUUAAUACGUCAACACCACGUGAUGAGCAAACAGAAAUAAUGCGAAUUCUUGAUGGAAAAAAUAAUGUUGGUUCAACAUUAAAAAUUCUUUAUUUAACACCAGAAAAAAUUGCUAAAAAUAAACUAAUCAUGUCAAAAUUACAAAAACUCUAUGAAACUAAAAGAUUUUCAAGAUUAAUUAUCGAUGAAGUUCAUUGUGUUUCACAAUUUGGACAUGAUUUUCGACCAGAUUAUAAAUAUUUAUCAAUAUUUAAACGACAAUUUCCAAAUUUACCUAUUUUGGGUUUAACAGCUACAGCAACAUUAAAAGUGAUUCAUGAUAUUCGAAAAAUACUUCAAAUUUCAAAUUGUAUCUUAUUUCGAGCACCAUUUAAUAGAAAAAAUCUUUUCUAUGAAGUAUAUCACAAACCUAAUGUUGGAAAAGAUGCUUUAAGCGAUCUUGUACAUUGUAUUCAACGACGGUUUGAUCAACAAUCAGAUAUUAAAGCUGGUUGUUACCAUGCUGGUCUUUCAUCUACAGCUCGAACACAAGUACAUGAACAAUGGUUAAAAAAUCAAGUUCAUGUAAUUUGUGCCACAAUUGCUUUUGGCAUGGGUAUAGAUAAACCUGAUGUACGUUUUGUUAUACAUCACUCUUUAAGUAAAUCAAUUGAAAAUUUUUAUCAAGAAAGUGGUCGUGCUGGACGCGAUGAUCAACAAUCAUAUUGUAUUCUUUUCUUUCGAUUUGCUGAUGUUUUUCGUUUAGCACCAAUGGCAUUUUCAGAUAAGUCAGGCAAUGGUCUUAAAAAUCUUUAUUCUAUGAUAUCUUAUUGUUUAAAUGAAUCUCAAUGUCGUCGAAAAUUAAUAGCAAAAUAUUUUGAUGAAGUAUGGCAAUCAAAUGAUUGUAAUCAAAUGUGUGAUAUAUGUACACGAUCAUCAAUAUCUAUAACAAAACGAAAUUGCCGUGAAGAAGCUUUAAUUAUAAUUAAUUAUUUAAGUGAUAAUAAAAAAGAACGUAUAACAGCAAUUAAAUUAAUUGAAAAAUUAUCAAUAAAAACAAUGACUAAACUUGAUUUACAAAGACUUAUUUUACAAUUAAUUAUUGAUCAAUAUUUAAAAGAAAAUUUUCGCUUUACAUCAUAUGCAACUAUUUGUUAUAUUAAAUUAGGACCACGAUCGGAAUGUAUUAAAAAUGAAAAAUGUCAAAUUUUACUUGAUAUUGUUGAUAGUACUAAAAAUAUGACAGCAAUUACAAAUAAGAAAAAUGAAAAACAAAUUAAUAAAAAGAAAUCAUCAACAUCUACAGUUACAGAACGACGACGUAAAUUACAUUCGGUUACGAAUAAAGAUCCAGAUGCAAAACCUAUUCAAAGGAAAAAACGAACAUUAGAAUAUGAUGAUGAUAAUGAUGAUAACGAUAAUAAUGUAGAAAAUAUACCAAUAUCGAAAAAACAGAACACUUUAUCAAGUGAUGGUCGUAAACCAAUUAAAUGCUAUCAACUAUCUGUAUCUGACAAUGAAGAACUUGAUUGCUCAUAA